CAAUGAGCUCGCGACGUCGUGACGGGCCAGAUGUGAGCUUGUCGAGUUGGACCCUCAUCCAAGCGUGAGAAGCUCAGGAAAAGGUGGAGCACGCUGCAAUAAUAGGAUGAGUGUGUGGGAGGCGCGGACGGUUGCGGCCGCCAAAGCCGCCCGCGCAGCCCGCACGCUCGCUCACGCGCAUUUUGCUGCUUGGCGCGCGAGGCUGCCUUGGCGCCGGCGACCGCGUUGCCAAGAAGCACACACGCACGCUUUCCUUGGGCCAUCUCUGGCACAGCCGCAUCACCCUGCGAGCACACACCGACGACGACCGAAAAGAACAACUCGCUCGAUCUGCUUCCGCAGCCGCGGCUGCGCUUCGAUGCAGCGAGCGUCGACGAUGCGAGCAAUGCGCGUCGCCGGCGGUGGCGAGUGCGGCCGCGGCGUCUCUCACUGGCGUCUCUCGAUGUUGCCUAGGCAGCACCCGAUAUGCAGCAGCUCGCUGCUCCUGGUCCUUGCUGCGUGUGACACGAGAUGCCCCACGUCAUCCGGGGUCGUGCGAACUUGGCGCAAUGCGCUCCAUCUGACAGGCUCGUGCUCGUUCGACAGGCAUCGGCGAAACCAGGCCAGACCCUGAGCAUGAAGCGACCCUCGUGCGCGAUGCGCUUAGCGUGUGCGCCCUCCACCUCGUCCAGAGUUUCCACGCCUGCGAGGCCCUUCUUCGCACGACGCAUGACUCC